AUGCAUGUUGGUAACCAAAGUGCUGUAACCGAAUUCAUUCUUCUUGGGCUCUCAACCAACCCACUGGUACAAGUUUUGUUGUUCCCCAUUUUCCUGGCAAUCUAUAUGUCCACACUGAUUGGGAAUCUUCUUCUCAUAGUGGCUGUCAAGACCGACAAGCGCUUGCACAUCUCUAUGUAUUUUUUCUUAGCUAAUUUGUCAUUUUUGGACAUUUGCUAUACCUCAGUCAUUGUACCAAACAUGCUGGUUAACUUUUUUGCAACGAAGAAGAAGAUUUCAUUUACUGGCUGUACCACCCAAGUAUUUUUUUACCUGCUCAUGGGGGAAACGGAGUGUCUGCUUCUGGCUUUGAUGGCCUAUGACCGCUAUGUUGCAAUCUGCAACCCUCUACGUUAUAGUAUGGUCAUGAACACAACAGUCUGUUUGUGGAUGAUCAGCAUGGCAUGGCUGACUGGUUGCAUCAUAUCAUCCAUUGAUUUGUAUUUUGUAUUCCGCUUAACAUUCUGUGGCCCUAACAUCAUCAACCAUUUUUUCUGUGAGGCACCACUGCUGUUACAGCUCUCUUGCAGUGACACCUCAUCAAACAAUAUUGUAAAACUGGUGGGCACGGCCAUCUUGGCCUUCAUCCCACUUUCACUAAUCCUUUUUUCCUAUUUUCGAAUCAUUACCACUAUUGUGAAAACUCACUCUGGCAAGUACAAAACCUUUUCCACCUGUGUUUCACACCUGGUAGUGGUGGUCAUUUUCUAUGGGACAGCCAUGUUUAUGUACGUUAGACCAGAGCAUGCAGACACAGAGGACACGGACAAAAGGGUGGCAGUAUUUUACACAGUGAUCACCCCGAUGCUGAACCCCUUGAUCUAUAGCCUGAGGAAUAAGGACGUUAAGAGAGCCAUGAGGAGGCUGGUAAGAGAUAAGUGA